AUGACUACUCCGAAUGGAAAACCAUCAUCACCCUUGCGUGCUCCUCCACACAUCUUAGCACUUCUGGAGCGCCUCCACACCCUCUCCCUCGCCCAAGAACCAGAAACAAACCAGGCCAUAUCCGGACUCCUCGAACUCCGCAAACGGGACCCAGCCGAAGGCACUCGGGCUCUCAACAAGCUCAUGUCCGAUAAAUUCGUCGCGCUUGACAAGGAAAAAUGCGAGUUUGUCUAUCAACUGAUACUUUCCACUGGUGCAAAGAAUGUUGUCGAGGCCGGUACGAGUUAUGGGGUUAGCACUAUUUAUCUUGCUCUCGCCGUGGGGCAGAAUUUUCCCGGAGGAGAAGGAGGAGGAGGAGAAGAAGACCAGGGGAAAGUUAUUGCGACUGAGAAUGAGCCUGAGAAGAUUUCAAGGGCUAAAGGGUAUUGGCAAGAAGCUGGCGAGGCUGUGACGAGGCAUGUGGAGCUUAGGGAGGGAGAUUUGUUGACGACACUACAGAAAGAUCUUCCCGAGAUUGAUCUUUUGCUUUUGGACAUCUGGACGCCACUAGCCCUGCCGACGUUGAAAUUGGUACAGCCUCAUAUGAGACGGGGCACGGUUGUUGUUACUGAUAACACGGUUUCAGCGGGGCCGCUGUAUGAAGAUUUUUUACAGUACGUGAAUGAUCCAGAUGGGCCUUUUAGGUCAUUGACUUUGCCGUAUUCUGGUGGGUUGGAGUUGUCUGUGUUUAUGCCUUGA